CAGCCUUUGACUUCACCACCUCUGACAUGCCAUAUCUGAGGAGUUGGUGGUGCAAGGUUUUGCUCGAGAACCUUGAGAAUGAGGAGUAUGGUUUGUGAAAUGAGAAGUAGUACAUUAAUAGAUAGUACUGUCAAAGUGGGAAAGCAUGAUGAACAUAUUUGGUCAAUGUCAAUUACGGACAUGGUCGGAGAUUUUACACAGGAAGGCAGGAAGAUGGGGGAUGGAAGUCUGCCGCCUGUUUUUCGUGUCCUUAGGAAAAGGAGAUACAGCACUUUGGUACCUACGAUCCCAGCAAAGAUGUUAAGGGUUUCACAGGAUGGGGCUGUGGCCACUGACAUUUUGCAGUUGCCCGAUGACAUUCUCCAGAGGAUCCUUGUCUUUGUAGUUCUACAAGACGGCUGCUCUGCAAUCCCGAGGCUGGCUCUGACGUGCCAGAGAUUAAACAACAUUGUCAGCCAGGAGCAUUUUCAGCAGGAGGCACACUUCAGCUGGCUUGAUAGUGUAGUGAAUUGGAAAAGACUUUCAGAGAGACACCGUCAAAUGUACAGAAAGCCGUACACCAUCUCUAUAUGCAGCCGCCUACAAUGCAGCCAGCUUUACAAAGACUGUGGGGCUGGCUACCAGGGAAAUGGACAACGGGGAGUGCUUUUGGGGUUUUACUCCUCAGAUGACAACCCUGGCUACUGUAGCUGGGAUUGCUUUUUGGAUGAUGGAGGUCUUGAACAGUGAAGUGUGAGUGCGCGCAGUGUUGUCUUUGAUGUAACAAUUUUGGUCACUUUUUUGUAAUUCAAGUGUUUUGUCAAUAUAUAUAUUUAUUUAAACAAUUCAAUUAACUGGAAAUUAUUCUUCAUUAUUUUACUGUGGUUGAUUUGCACGUUAUUUUGCUUUAAAUACAAAAUUCUAAAUAAUUAUUUUUUUCAUAUUUGUAUUUUUUUUACAGUA